AAUUUGCCGAAUUUUAGAACGGAAAAUUCUUGUUUUUUCCACUCCAUCAUCUCGUUCAGACAGGAUCGUUCGACACCGAUUGCCUUCGACGCCAUUCCUCUUUCUCUUUCUCUGUCUCUGUGAUCAAUUAGCCAUGCAGGCAUGAAUCCUCCGCCAUAGGCCACAGCUGAACUGCAUCCGCAAAAGCCUUCGAGAUAGAAGAGAAUGGUGCAGCAUUUGAAGCAGCAACUGAAGCGAUUCCCUUUGUUGGCACACCACCUUCCCCCCUCACGCCCUCUGUACUUAUCAACCUCAUCUCCUCACUUCCCCAACCAAUCACAUUCCCACCAUAGCAAUUUCACCUCCAUUCCUCCUCCUUCGAAGACCCAUCUGUACGCUUCCCUCUUUUGCACCCUCAUCCACCUCUACCUAACCUGCGGAAGAUUCUCCCAAGCAUCCGAGGCCUUCCUGUCCAUGCGGAGAACUCACGGCUUCGUUCCGAACUUACCCUCCUGGAAUCAGCUGCUGUACCAAUUCAACGCCUCUGGGUUGAUUCCACUGGUAUGGUUGAUCUAUUCCGAGAUGCUCUCCUGUGGUGUAAUUCCAAAUGUUUUCACCCACAACUUGGUAGUUCACUCUCUCUGCAAAGUGGGUAGGUUGGCACCGGCUUUAGAUUUGCUUCGGACUGUUGAAUUCGACACUGUUACUUACAAUACUGUUAUUUGGGGGUUUUGUAAAGAAGGAUUGGUUGAGCGGGGUUUUGGGUUUUUGUCUGAAAUGGUCAAGAAGGGUGUUUACAUUGAUUCCUUUACUUGCAAUAUUUUGGUUAAGGGCUUUUGCCGAAUUGGGUGGUUGGGAUAUGCAGAGUGGGUCAUGGAUAACCUGGUUAAUGGGGGGAUCAGGCGGGAUGUUGUGGGAAUGAACACCUUGAUUGAUGGGUAUUGCAAAGAUGGAGAUAUGAGCGGUGCGCUUGAGUUGAUGCAGAGUAUGAGGAGCGAGGGUGUGUGCGCUGACAUUAUUAGUUAUAAUACUAUGAUCAAUGGUUUCUGCCAGAGGGGUGAUUUUGCUGCAGCCAAGAAUCUGAUGGUUGAAGUUUUGAGGGGCCAGGGUGGUGAUGGUGGUGGUUUUCUGAAAAACGAUGAUAUUGAGUAUGGGACUAAUAAUGCGGGCAAGGAUAUUGUUCCAGGGAGCCUAGGAUUUGAACCCAACCUAAUUACACACACCACUUUUAUUAGUUCAUAUUGUAGGCAGAAGGGGCUUGAGGAAGCAUUGUCUUUGUACGAGGAAAUGGUCAUGAAUGGGUUCUUGCCAGACGUUGUUACUUACAGUUCCAUUAUAUAUGGUCUUUGUAAGCAAGGAAGGUUAGCCGAAGCCAAAUUGCUUUUUAGGGAGAUGGCAAAGAUGGGGGUGGAUCCCAAUCAUGUCAGCUACUCUACUAUUAUGGAUGCAUUCUUUAAGGAAGGGAGUGCUGCAGGAGCCUUUAGCCUUCAAAGUCAAAUGGUAAUUCGCGGUAUUUCCUUUGACACAGUUGCUUGCACAACUUUGAUGGACGGGCUUUUCAAGCUCAGAAAGGCCAAUGAAGCUGAGGAGUUGUUUGAGACAAUUUUGAAGCUUGAUCUAGUUCCAAGUUAUGUCACCUAUUCUGCAUUGAUUGAUGGUCGUUGCAAGUUGGGAGACAUAAAUGGUGUAGAAGAAGUAUUGCAAAAAAUGGUGGAGAACCAUGCUGAUCCAAAUGUUUUCACUUACUGCUCUAUCAUUAAUGGCUACACGAAGAAGGGGGUGCUUGAUGAAGCUGUUAAUGUUAUGAGGAAGAUGGAGCACCAAAACAUCUUCCCAAAUGUUCAUGUUUAUACUACAGUAAUUGAUGGCUAUUUCAAGGCAGGGAAACUGGAUAUUGCUGUCAAUCUCUACGAGGAAAUGAAAUUAAGGGGAUUAAAUGAUGACACUUUCAUACUUGAUGCUUUUGUAAACAACUUGAAAAGAAGUAAAAGGAUGGAGGAAGCUCAUGGACUAUUUAAAGAGAUGACAUCUAGGGGCUUAUUGCCUGACCAUGUUAAUUACACAUCCUUAGUGGAUGGAUUUUUCAAAAUGGGAAAGGAUUCAGCUGCUCUUAAGAUGGCUCAGGAAAUGAUAGAGAAAAAUUUAGGUUUUGAUGUUGUUGCAUACAAUGUACUAAUUAAUGGUCUCUCAAGGCUUGGCAAAUAUGAAGUGCAAUCUAUCUUUACAGAAAUGAAACAAUUGGGUUUGGCACCAGACCGCUCUACAUACAACACCAUGAUUAAUGCAUACUGCAAAGAGGGGAAUUUGACUAAUGCUCUCAAAAUUUGGAAAGAAAUGAAGAGUGGCGGAUUCAUGCCAAACUCAAUCACGUGCAACACUCUAGUUGGUGGCCUUUGUCAAGCUGGUGAGAUUGAUGAAGCAAUGAACUUGUUGGAGGAAAUGUCAGUUAUGGGGUGUUGCCCUUCUGCAACUACUCAUAGAUUAUUGCUUGAUGCAUCUUCAAAGACAAAAAGGGCUGAAAUAAUUUUGAGAAUGCACGAGCGGCUUGUAGGUAUGGGACUUAAUCUCAAUCAGUCAGCUUAUAACUCUCUCAUUAUUGUCCUUUGCAGGCUGGGUAUGACCAGGAAAGCCACUUCCAUAUUGGAAGACAUGACUGGAAGAGGCAUAUUACCAGAUACUAUCACUUACAAUGCCCUUGUACAUGGAUAUUGCAAAAGUAGUCAUUUAAAGAGGGCCUUCAGCACGUAUUCUCAAAUGUUGGUUGAAGGAGUUUCUCCAAAUAUGGCAACUUACAAUAUCCUUCUAAGGGGUCUCUGCUUUGCUGGUUUGAUGCAAAAAGCAGUUGAAUUAGUUGAACAAAUGAAGCAAAGAGGCAUGGUACCCAACGCUACUACUUAUGAUAUAUUGAUUUAUGGCCAUGCAAAGAUUGAAAAUAUAAAGGAGUCUAUGAAACUUUACUGUGAAAUGGUAACCAAAGGUUUUAUUCCCAAAGCUAGCACCUAUAAUGUGCUUAUUAGUGAUUUUGCCAAGGUAGGAAAGAUGAGUCAGGCCAGAGAGCUUGUGAAUGAGAUGCAAUUAAGAGGUAUACAACCUAAUUCUUCAACUUAUGACAUAUUGAUCUGUGGCUGGUGCAAGCUAUCAAAUCAGGUAGAGCUAGAUAGGGUGUCAAGAGCAUCAUAUCAGGCAGAGGUAAAAAGGUUACUAAAAGAGAUGAAUGAGAAAGGGUUUAUUCCAUGCAAAAGUACCCUUUUGUGUAUAAGUUCUGCCCUUGCAAGACCAGGAAAGAAACGCAAUGCUCAGAAAUUAGUGAAUGCGCUAUUCCGGGGAGGGAAGACUUAAUAGUUGGCUACAAAGCAAAGAUUGGGAAAUAUUGUUCUAGUUUCCAAGACAGUCUUUCCUGCACUAUUAAUGUUUAUUCAACUGCUGGUAGUUUAAUCCAUCACUGGCAUACAGUUCUGCUGCUGCCUACUCCAGUCUAAUGCAUCACUGUGAUAUGUUGCUAUAAAGCUUCAUAAAUGAUAUUAUAGUUUUUGAAGCUUCGUAAAGACUGCAAGAAGAGGCUUCCUGUGACUCAUGUAAUUUCAAUUCAGAGACCUUGGAGUGCAGCUUGUGGGCUUGUAAAUGGGCUGCAAAUAUCUGGCAUUGCUUUGGUUUGGCAUCAUCCUUUUAAGCCUUUUGGAUAUGGAUCCUGGAUUUGGAUAUAGAUCCCGGAGGUUGGCUUCAUGACAACUUUGGUGGACAGUCUUCAGAGAAAUUGGAUUUGGUCUUUUUAGACAGUCCUCAGAUCUGUAUUAAAUAAGAAGAACAAUGUUGUUUUCAAGUAGCAUUCUUAAGAUUCAGAGAAUGGUGGAUGUAGCUAUGAGCAGUCUUGUGAAGUCCAGGAAAGCCAAUGGAACUCUGCAUCUUCUUGGCUGGCAGCUUCAGUUUGAAGGUCAGUGGAAAGCUGGAUUAAGACCAAUGUCGAUGCUUCUUGGAGUUUGACCAAUAUCUCAAGAGGAAUGGGACUAUGGGCAUAAUUAUUUCAAGUUUGCGGAGGGGCGUUUGCGGCAACAGCAGCAGUGAAAAUUUCCUAGUUCCCCACUCUUCAUCAGCCCUUCACAUAUUGGAAAUGUGCUUUCUGCUAUGGCGCCCUGCUUGCUAUUGUGGUUGGUAUCCUGAAGUUGGUGCUUGAAUGGGACUUGGUCCACGUGGUUAAACUUGUUAAUGCCUGUUCAGUAUGCUUACAUCUGGUGGUAUUGUUAGUGGAAAAUAUUCAAGUUUUUGCUUGAAGAUAUCUCAUCUUUUGCUGCACCCAUAUUGCUAGAGAUGGGAAUGAGGUAGCGACUUGUCUCGUGGCUUUUGCUGGAGGCAUUUGAUGAUACAUUGUUUGGACUGUCAAUCCUCCAGAUUUCAUCAACAGUCUGCUGUUAAUUAAUUGGAACAUAUUUUUGCUGUAGCAAGGCUUUCAGGUGCUACACCACCUCCAACACAUGUCCUCACCUGAAGCAUUGGUCUAUAGGAAAAGUCCCGGGAGCCAAUACCGACACCUUUCAUAUUUUGUGCAUAACUUUUCUAUCCGAACUCCGAUCGAGAUGAUUCAAAUUUCUGGAGAAAGAGGAAAGGAUUAUCUACAACUUUCAUCUUUUGAAUUUUGUGAGAAACGGGCUCCAGGAAGGUCAAAACAGAUCGUGUUCGUGAAGAACAAAAACUGAAAAUAUAUAAAUAUACAUGUAAAUAUUUGUGUUGAUGUGACCCGGCCAUGCAGGGUCGGGUCGGGUUGGGUUAGCCGGGUCUAGGUUUUUCUUUUUUUUCCCCUUUAAAUUCUCCUCUAUUGGGGGCUUCCAGGCACGCUCUUCUCUUCCCCUAUUCUCCCUAACCUUUCUUCAUUCUGUUGUUUUUUUUUUCCAGCCAACCAGCCGUGAGCCAGCGGCCACGACCCCCCGGCACCAUUCUUCUCUUUCCCCUGUUUACUUCCCUUUAUCCUUCUCUCUCUCUGUUUUAUCCUUCCCCGUCCCUUCGGCCUCCUCUCCAGCAGAUACACAGCAGAGCACAGCAGCUCUGCAACUCCACGGACCACCACCAGUGGCAACACUAUCUCGGCGAUUUUGCACUGUAACAGCAAACCCGAGCGCUCCUCCCUCUAUUUUCUAGCCCAGCAACAGCAGCCCCUACGGCCAGCCGUGAUUCCAGCCUCCUCGAAGCCAAUCUCUAGCCCGAGAGCAUCACUGCCACAGCCAGAACUCCGGCAAGUCUCCACCACAGCAACCCGAGAGUUCCACCGAGGCCUCCCUCUGUUUUUUUUCUCUUUUCCUUCUCUAUCUCUCUCUCCCUUUGUUUUUCUUUUAUUUCUUCUUUUAUUAUUAAGUUGGUUAUGAUUAAUGUUUUUAUUUAUUGAAGUUAAUUGGAAAAAAAUUGAUUUUGAAUGUUAUUGUAUUUCAAUUAUUUAUUUGAAUUCUCAAGUAAUAUUAGCAGUGAAUUUUAUUCGUUU